AUGGAACGUACUUAUAUUAUGCCUGAUGGUGUUGAACGUGGUUUAGUUGGUGAAGUUAUUAAACGUUUUGAAACCAAAGGAUACAAACUUAUUGCUCUUCAACUUUUGAAACCAACAGAAGAGCUUAUUAAAGAACAUUACGCAGAUUUGAGAGAGAAACCAUUUUUUCCGGGACUUUUGCAAUAUAUUUUGUCUGGACCUGUGGUUGGUAUGGUCUGGGAAGGUAAAGAUGCAGUGAAAACUGGACGUCGUAUGUUGGGUGAAACUGAUCCUUUGAAAUCUGCACCUGGUACCAUUCGUGGAGAUUACUGUAUAGAAGUUGGUCGUAACAUGUGUCAUGGAUCUGAUUCUGUUGAAAAUGCAGAAAAAGAAAUAGCAUUAUGGUUUCCUGAUGGAGUCACACAAUGGAAUCGUAAUAAAGUUCAUAGUUUAUUUUAUGAAAAUUAA